UCCAUUCGCCCGUUUGACGCUAAAAAAGAACGCAGGACUUUCGUGGAAUGGGAGCAGGCGGGGCGCGUCCCCGCGUGGAUAUAUCUUGCGGGGGUUUCUAGCGGCAGAGAAGAGUCAAACUCAAAGCUCAUGAAGACCCGCAGAGGAGCCGGGCCGCCGGGACACAGCAGCGCUGCGGGGCACUGCGGGAAAUGGGAGCGGUGAAGUGAAAAAGUGUCGGAGAAGCCCGGAUGAAAGGUAUGAUGAAAAGGAAAAUGGGGCGCUUCCUGUGGCUCGGCUUGUCUCUCCUGCUGGUGAUCCAGUGCAGUGCAGUCAAGAACUGUUAUCCUGGGUGUCACUGUGAGGUGGAGAGCUAUGGACUGUUUGACAGUUUCAGUCUUACCAGAGUGGACUGCAGAGGUCUGCCUUCAAGACCCUCCAUGCCCAUUCCCAUCCCACUGGAUACGACCCAUUUAGACCUGUCUUCCAACGCCUUGGGCCCACUCAGCGACACCAUGCUAUCUGGUCCAGGAUACACCACACUUACAAGUUUGGACCUCAGCGGCAACCACAUUACAAAGCUCAGCCCCAACGCCUUGUCCAAGCUGCGAUACCUUGAGAGUCUUGAUCUAAGCCUCAACGAUCUGGACAGCCUUUCACUGGGUUCCUUUUCAGGGCUUCCUCUGGUUGAUGUUGACCUGAGCCACAACCGCUUCCAGGAGUUCAACAUGGAUAUAUUUUCUGCUAAAGUGAACGGUGAACCUGUUACGUUGGACCUUUCCCACAACAAGCUCGUGUCAGUCACCACUCCAUCCCACGGAAGAGCACUGCACAUUCAGAGCUUAAAUCUGUCGUCAAACUGGCUUACCAGUGUUCCAAACCUGGAAGGACUUCCACUUAGAUAUCUCAACCUGGAUGCUAACCCCAUCUCAGAAAUUAAAGAGGGCACCUUUGCACAACUGAAGGAUUUAUCUUAUUUAUCCAUCAGUGGGCUCAGUGAACUGCAGAACAUUGAGCCUUUCAGCUUCAAGGGUCUCAGAAGUUUGCAAGUUCUGGAUCUCUCAAACAACCCUAAGCUGCAGAGUCUGAGUCCUACCGUGUUAAGUGGACUGGAUGCCCUGCAGGAGCUCAACCUGUCUGGCUCUGGCGUAGAGUCCCUGCCAGCCAACGUGCUGACACACCUCCCGAGCAUCAAGAGUAUCAAGCUGGGACAGAGCGUCCAUUGCUGGACCAGUCAGAAACAAGGCCAGUUCCACAGACAGUUGGGGCAGAUCCAACACAACGAAGUGUUGAACUGUAACAUGGAGGGAGUCGUGUUGUGAGGAAACUCGCUUCCCUUCCUGUGCCUUAUCUACUUUGAUAUGCAAAACAGUUUUUACUAUUUAGGUCACUUGGAUUAUACCAUUCACACCAGUAUUCACACGAUUAACCAGCAAAAAAAUGGUUUAUUAGUUCACCUUUAGCAACCAGAGCCUAAAGAUGGACUUGUGUAGUUUAACAUUUCAAUCAUUCAUAUUUCCAUGUUUUCCAUAUAUGUCAAACACAUAGCAGUCUAUCUGAAAACUAUACACCGUCUCCACUCUCAUUGGAUGGUUGUGGACCACUAAAAAUUCUCAUUUGAGUUUUUACAGCACAUUUCAAGACAACUUCUUAUCAAUACUGCUGUCUGUUAGCUUUAGGGCUACUGUGAAAAGCUGCUAAACCUUUCCACACGUUAAUAGGAAAACACUCACUUCUUAAUUAUUGGAAUGUACAUUGUUUAUGAAAUCUAUACAGACAUUUGUCAAACUUGGGAUUUUCCACAUCCUAACUGGAAAGAAACAUUUUUUUUUCUAUUGUUCAGGUUAAUUUUUGUUCCCAGUUUAGACAAAAACAGAUGUUCUGUAUACCUUUGGAGCAGUAUUAAAGCAUCGUUGUGCAAAUAUUUUUGAGAUUUAACAGCAGAACAUAUUCACAGCGAUGCCACAGACAUUUGUGAAAUUCAUAAACUGAUACAUUUAGCAAUCAAUCUUUUUUACUACAUUUUUUUUUUUUUUUUUGCACAGGAAUCAUACUUUUUUUGGUUCCAAUUUCAACUUUUCAUUUAGUUUCUAAUUUGACAGUAUACCACACAAGCCUAUGGAUUUAUUAUGUUUUUGCCAGCUACAGCAGAAAUAUUUCAAGAAUGUUCAGUUGUAAAAUCCAAAGAGUUGACUUUUUCUCUGUUGUUGUUUCCCCGACAGCAAAAGUAUUGUUUUGAACUUUUUGGCCACUUUUUGUUUCCCACCAAGCUCUCCAUUUAAACAACUCUUUCAUCACAACAUGGAGACUUGGAACAAAAAAUGUAACACCUUUUAUAGUUUGUACUUAAUUUCAAAAACCUAACUGCAGGAGAAUGAACUGAUCCAAAAAUUUGUGUGGUUUUUCAGUAAAAAUAUAUAUUUUUUGGAGAAAAAUUGGACCAAUAAUAUAUGACCAGUCAUUAAUGCAAGUGUGUAAAAUGUCUUUUAUUUACAUGUGUAAAGUUUUUGUCAGCAUUCCUGUGGUAUUUAGAGGGGGAUAUCAGCCUCAAAUCUGUAUUUGAGGGGGUUGUAAGUGUCCAGAGUCCACGUUUUGUUUUGGAUUGACUCUCCUACAGUAAAAUGUCUUUUAUUUUGUGACUUGAAACAUCAAAGUGCAUUAGCUGUUGUUCAAAUGUUUAUAUUUGUAUGUAUGUAUAUAAUUUCAUUUUUGUGUAAUUCUUUUUUUUUUAAAUAAAUUUCUAAUACUGACUUCUA